UCAAGAGAGUUUGCCGUCGCGUACGCGUCAGUAGUAACUGUCACUGUCAUUCCUGGAUUUUUAAAACGCAGUGUUUUCAAGUAGUGUUUUGUGCGAAUUAAUUAGUUAUUUUAACAAGACUUGUGCUGUGAAAUCAAAUAUUUAAAAACAUAUUGUGCGAAUGGCGAAUUGUUGUGGUAAAACACUGUGAGCCGAACGAGAGAUCGGAUAGUGAGUGCUCCGGUGUUUCAAACAAACUUCAAAUUGUGAGUGCGUUAUAUAUUGUGUUAAUAUGCUACCACCGUCGAUAAUGCAGCACCCUCAUCAUAUGGAAAGAACAAUUGGUCGUGGUCUUAUUAUGGAUUCUCCGCAACAUGAAGUCGACAUGGAAAUAAGUCAUUUUACUCACAGAUCGCAGAUGCUAUCUCCAGCGCGGGAUCGAUUCCCGUCUACUAGUAGUACUGAUGAUUCGGGUUCAGAUGUGGACCACGACCCAGAAUCCGUUGGUCGCCAUGGUGGCGUGGAUAAGGACGAUGAUGAUCUGGGUGGUGAUGGUGGUCUUGGCCUAUCCCAUGGCGGACACGCUGGAGGACAUGCUUCCGUCGGUUUGAGUGGAAGCGGUAUGGGUGGCGGAAGCGGUGGUUCGCAUGCCGUUAGGAAGAGGCGCGGCAACUUGCCAAAGCAUUCAGUCAAGAUUUUGAAGCGAUGGUUGUAUGAACAUCGUUAUAAUGCUUACCCCAGUGAUGCUGAGAAAUUGACACUGUCGCAGGAGGCCAAUCUAACGGUUUUACAAGUAUGCAAUUGGUUUAUAAAUGCAAGACGUCGUAUUCUUCCUGAAAUGAUUCGGCGAGAAGGUCAUGAUCCACUACAUUAUACUAUAUCUCGGCGUGGUAAAAAAGCGACUGGCGGCAGUCAGUCUUCAGGAGGCGGUCCGCCAUCUCCUGGUGCAGUCGCCGCUGAUCAAAAUGUAGCUCACCAUCUUAUGAUCACCAUACCUCCACCAGCUACCACUCCCGUGACAGGCGCUCAAAAUCGCACGGCGAAACGUAUGCGGGGUUCCAUUACGCAAAUGUCACGCGAUCAUGAUUACGAUGACGGCGUCUUGUACCGAAGCGAGGAAGACAGCGCGCCCGAAUAUGAUGAGAGCAGUUCGCCUAGUGAAGAAGAAGUCAAAUACGAUCCGUCCGUGUGGCAAAGCGUCAUUAGGUAUACGUCGCAUCAUCAAGAUGACAUCGAUGAUAAAGAGGAUGUUUUUCGUCACUCCGAUGAAAGAACGAGUCCAGUCGAUGAAAGUGCCCCACUAUCCGCUCAUGCAUCCGUUGUAACGCAUCCAGGUGCUGAAUAUUGGGCGGCACCGCAUCCGCAUCUCGCCCAUUUACCGCAACUACCGCAUCCGUUAACCGCCGCGUCACAUGCUGGAGCACGCGUACAGGUCAUGCCUGCACACCAUCAGAUUAGCGGUCCACCACCAGCCCUGCCCGGAAGUCCGCCGCCUACACCACCUGAGACCCAAGAGGACAAGGACAAAUUUAAAUGUCUCUACCUGCUAGUUGAGACCGCAGUAGCUGUUCGCCAGCGAGAAAAGGAACAGGAAGAAGUUCAUGUAUAACGAAUAACCCGUGCUUACAUUACAGAUGUCCAUAAGCACAUGCAAGACUGAAUGGUAUGAAUGGUUGUACAUCUGAAGACAUUUAAGUUUAGUUGUAAGUAUCGAUCGAAUGGACAAGAAUAUAGAGAACCUUUGAAGAUUGCCAAAUGAAAAUAAGCGUAAUUAGACAGUUAUGUUUGUGCUUAAUAAUUUACUCUUAUGUAUAUGCUACAACACCAUAAUAUAUCAAUCAAGUGCAACAAUAAUAUUUUUGUUCACAUAAUACAAUACAUGAGCAGACUGGUUGUGAACUGUGAUCUAAAAACUGAAACACUUGGAAGAAGUGAAUUGUAAGCCGUGUGUCAAUCGGUGGAAAUGUGCCUUUUAUCUAUGGCUUAAAUUGUACCAUGCCAAGUCUUUUAAACACUUGUGUAUUAUUUAUGAGCAUGGUAAACAAUUUGAAAGUGCUGUAGAUUUAAUGAUAAGUUUUGAUAGGGUUAUUAAUUAUUCUAUAUAUUGUAAGUUGUUGAUUAUAAGGAACAUUUCUUUGUAUAUUUUUUACACUUUCUAAUAAGUACGCAGAGACAUGUAGGUCUAAAUAGUGCGCUAGUGACAAAUGAUGACCUUUGACUAUGUGGUGGUAUAUUAAAUAAGUUCUCGGCCCACAAA